AUGAUGGUAGAGAAGAUGACUCUCCUCCGAAUGGAAUCAAUGAAUGCUCCACAGCUUCAUCAAUCUGGAAUUCGCAAUGAUGAUAGAGAAAAGAAGCAUUCUGUUACAUACGAGCUCACAGAUCUGACCGUUAUAAUGCAGAUUAUCGAUAAGUGCAAUGGAAUCUUGAUCAAUAUUAGUGACUUCAAUACGAACUUUCGAUCCGUCUGCUGUAGUUGGAACAGAGAAAUUCAAAGGAUUGGAGACGCGUUGGAGGAUUUGACAAGUGGAGAAAUCUGUUCCGGAUUUGGCAAUGCAAUAACGUACUUCUACAUUAAGAGUGUUCGUCCAGAAACUGGAAAAACUGAUUUAGUUGUUUAG